AUGGGCCCGGGGGGCGGCAACGGCACCGGCCGGGGGCUGCGGAGGAAGAGGAUGAAGGCCGGCUGCAGCAUCGUGGACAAGCCCGAGGGAGGAGGGGAAUUUAUUUGCAGAUAUUACUACAACAAGAGGAUCCUGCACAAGACCAAGGGCAAAAGAUUCACCUACAAAUUCAACUUCAACAAACUGGUGAUGCCCAAUUAUCCCUUCAUCAACAUCCGGCCCAACGGCGUGGUCCCGCAGAGCGCGCCGCCGGUGCCCACGGCCUCGUCCCGCUUCCACUUCCCGCCGCUGGAGCCGGCGUCGCCGGGCGAGGAGGCGGCGGCGCGCUUCGGGCCGGGCGCGCUGCUGCCGCCGCCGCGCGCCGAGGCGCCGCCGGACGCCGAGAGGAAGCCGGAGCCCGCCGAGCCGGAGGAGAGCGGGCCGGACUGGCGCCGGGAGCUGCUGGCGCCGGCGCACGCGGCGGCCGGCGGCGCGGCGCCCAAGCGCAAGCCCGAGGUGGUGCUGCCGCUGUUCCCGCGGCCCGGCGUGUUCCCCGAGCACCCGCACAGCCCCUUCGCCGCGUCGCCGCUGCCGGGCCGCCCCGGCGUGCUCAACGUGCCCAUCUCGCCGGCGCUGUCGCUGACGCCCACGCUCUUCUCCUACAGCCCCUCGCCGGGGCUCAGCCCCUUCGCCGCCGCCGGCAGCAGCUGCUUCUCCUUCAACCCCGAGGAGAUGAAGCACUACCUGCACUCGCAGGCCUGCUCCGUCUUCAACUACCACCUGAGCCCGCGGACGUUCCCCCGCUACCCGCUGGUGGUGCCGCCGCUGCAGUGCCCGGUGCCGCUGGAGGAGCCGCCGCAGUUCCCCAUCAAGCUGCAGCCGCCGCCCGCCGGCCGCAAGAACCGCGAGCGCCUGGAGAGCCCCGAGGCCGCCGGCCCGCCGCGCGUCAAGGUGGAGCCGGCGGCGCCCGACAGGGAGGACGAGGAGGAGGUCCCGCGGAAGGAGGAGGAGGAGGAGGAGGAGGAGGAGGAGGAGAAGGCGGCGGUGUUCGCCCGCCCGGCGGCCCCGGCGCGGGCGCCCGGCGCGGCUCAGCCCGGCGCGUGCGGAGAGGAGAGCGCCGAGAAGGCGCCGCGGGAGUGGCCCGGCGAGGCCGGCGGCCAGGAGCGCCGGGAGGACGCCCUGAUGCCGCCCAAGCUGCGGCUGAAGCGCCGCUGGAACGGAGAUUCCCGGCAGGAAGCGGCCGAGGAUUCCCGGCCCAACGGGGUCUGGCACCUGCCCAAAGCCGUGGCCGCCGCCUCCGACACCUAA